AUGGAUCAUCUUGACAAUGACCAAGUGAAAUAUGUGGAGGAGCAAAAGGAGGAAAGUAGCAAAUGCCGCAACGUUUGGCAAGAAAUAAUUAGAAAAACUCUUGGAUGUACAAAGGAACAAAUACAAAAAUACGUUGCAAGUUGUAGAAGAGAAAAGGAAAGGGUCAUUUCCAUUUUAUACGGAAGUGUCUUCCAAGGAGAAAGGUACCUUGCGUAUACAAAAAAAUGGAGAGGAAACACAUUAAACGAAAUCAUCAAUCAGGAUGAAAGGAACUAUGCCGAGUUGAAAAAGUUGGGAACGGCGGACAAUAGCUACUUGUGUAGAUUAGCCCUUGGGUAUGUAGACGAGAAGGAUGGUGCAGAUAUUUUCGGACAGAAUGGACAAGCAGAACUUAACAAUUGUGACCAUGAGGGUAACGGUGACGGCGACGCAAACAAUCACACUAACGGUAACGCAACCACCAUUACAGACAACAUCACAGACAUCACCAAUAACAACAACAAUAACACCAGCAACGGACCCACCACCAUCAGCAACCACUGUAACAUUGUCACGAGAGGAAAAGCGCACCAUGCAGAAGAUAACGCACCCUUGAACGAAAACGAUGGAAUGCUCGAAAAAUUGAACUUUUUAGAAAAAAGAAAUUAUAGGAACAAGUCCAAGGUAGGCUACUAUAACGGUCUGCACGAUGGUACCACGAACAGCCACUAUUACUAUAGUAACGAAUACGGAAAUGGAACCGCUAAUGUUCACUCUGCUGGUAAUUAUUACAGUGUGGGCGGCCGAAAUGUAGGGAACAGCCGAAGGACACCCGGCCGAAAUGCAAGAACCAGCAACCCGGGCAGUGACCCCUGUUUCGAACCCCCAUCGGAACAAAAUGACGCAAUAAUUAAAUACAAAUAUCUGCCUACGGGUGUUUUCUACAGUCGAGUUUCUCGAUCCUUUAUUGCCAAUUGGAUUGAUCAUAAAACAAGAAAACAAAUUAAAGUACCAUAUAAGAUUGCCGAAUUUGGAAUCGAAAAAAGUAUGAUCUUAGCCAUCCUUUCUAGGAAUCAUCGUAUUAAUAAACUACAAAAAGCUCUGCAAUGCUACGACAGCUUAACCACCGAGCAGAAGGAGGAAAUGCUCCAAGCUAUUAGAACCACACAAAAAAGUGAAAACCUCUUUCACGAUUUGUUAAAACCGGGCGUAGGAGGCACGCCCAACGGGCGGGACAUACCUAACGGAAGGGGAACUCCCAACGCCCUUAUUCACAGUAGAACAUCCCCAAACUGCACAGAGAACAGGCAGACCGACCAAGUUAACGUCCAAAUGGACCAACUAAUCGGACAAUCAAACCAACGAAUCAGUCAGUCCAACCAAAUAGUCGGUCCACCCAACCAGCUUCCCUCAUUCAGCAGCAGCAAUAACUCCCCAAAAAACCGCGACCAGCGGAAACCGAAACGAACAGCGGUAAAAAAAGCAAGUGUCGAAAAAAAAAAAUUUAAACAGUUGUACCAUAACGCAGAAAAUUUACCCACUGGGGUGUAUUUUUAUCAAGGCUCCUAUGUAGCCAAUUGGUGGGAAACACAACAAAAGAAACAAUUCAAAGUUCCUUUUAAAAUAUCAGAACAUGGAAUAACCAAAGCCAAGAAUCUAGCCAUCAUUUCCAGAAUUAUUAGAUCAUCCUCUGUGCAACAAGUCACUUACAUUUUAUCUCAAAUGGAGCAAACAAUGGACAUCACAAAGAUGGACUAUGCUACCAUGGCUGCAUUAGCUGGGAAAUAUAUAUUAACCAAACCUCCGAGGGAGGAGUAA